UUGAUUUCAUCACUCUCCCUUCUCUCCCCCGCUUCGUCGGUCCCCGUUUUGUGCCCCCUAAUGGUGCUAUGACCAGGCUGACACCGGUUUCCUCCCUUGCAGGUUUGAGUCGUUUGAUCGGUCGUGUCUAUGUUUGUUUCUCCGUGAAAUCAGGACACUGAUAACGCUGAUGUCAGACACCGCCUUGAUUGCAACUACUAGACAAGCGACGAGGAUGUUCCCACCACCACCAGCUUUCAGUUAUAUAUUCACCAACAAAUCCCACAGAGUAGGGAAUAGUGUUUACAAUACUAUAGAUCUAUACGGCAAUUUCAACUUCUCAGGGCAUGGUGCGUUUGCUUUUUACAAGGUCUUUAUGAGUACGAAGUGGAAAUUGAAUUUAAAUGGCGCUACUGACAGUCAGGCAAAACAAGUAUGUUAUCACUCUAUGUUUGGAACCUACAAGGAAGAUUUAGGAAUUCUAUCACAAAUAACUAAUCAAGCAACAUGGGAUACAGGAGAAGAAUUAGGUCGCAUUUUCCAAAAGGCAAAUACUACUGGCACCUCAAUCACGUUUGAGCCGGUCAAACAGAAAUUUUAUUCUAGGAUGUCUCAAGCAAAUCAGACUGGACUGUUAACAUCAUCAUAUAGUCAGCUAUCAUCUAUACCCUGCUUUAGUGGCAAAACAAAAAGGAAAUUUUCCGACGCAUUCUUUAAUCACUUAAUGAGUGAGAAAAGCAAAGCUAGUGGAGGUAGGUCCUUACAAUCCUUGGUGAGUAGCUGCUACACAACCCUCCGUGAUAAGCUGCGCAAACUAUUGGAGAAGAAUCAAGGAACGUUGGAUGCAGGAACUACUGGAUGGAGGCGUAUAGAGGACGUUACACCCACUCUGGAGGGACAAGAAGACACUGACAUGGUCAUACAAGCCACUGGAAGAUUCUUUUUGGGAAAGUGUACGAGUCCCGCUUCAUUCAGAGUGAGAUGCAGUCGUACCCGUUGCGGAAUUUAAUGUUCUUUAGCGAGGAGGUACGCCAAAUUGUGGCUGGUGUUUCGCAGGUGCCGGUAGCCAUCUCCUCAGUUCUUGGCGCUAUUGGUAAGAUCGAAGGAUCUACUAUAUGGCAUGCUUUCUUGCCAGACGCAGACGUUGAAGAUCCCAUACAUGCUGCGCUACACAUCAUGCCUUCUAAUAUUCGUGAUAUUCUUGAGCGCGUGAACGCUGGUGAUACUCCUUUAGCAUAUCGUCAACAAAUCCGGCAAAUGUGCGCCAUCCCGGGUGUGCAUUGGAGCGGAGAAUCUCGCAUUUUAAAUGUGGACUCCGUAUGGCCGGUGGACUACUCGACCGAUCACCUUCGCGAGGACGUUCAUUGUUUUAUGAACCUUUUGACUCGCGUGUCUGGUCGAUUGCCGAAGAGCUUCUUGGCUAGUUUACCGCCAGGUGGAUCUGCCGCCAAGUCGGGUUUAGUUUCAAUGGACCCUGUCGGUAUGUGCGUUACCUCUCGCUUUUUAACAGUGAUGGAGGCUCGCACUACUUUGAAAAGGGCCGCUGGACAGCAGGACCGUAUUGCUUUCCCAGCGGCGGACGCGGCCGCUGCGAGGUAUUGGCCACAACUCAUUAACAAGUCGGCAGCAAAAGCCGGAAGCACGACGUGGGUGCGAUGGCCGUUCUGAUGAGCUCGAUAUACAAUGUCACCCUAAAGAACCUGACGCGUUUUGUCGUGGAAGUUUAUCCGUUUCGGAACAGUUUCGCAGCCGGUCAAUCUAAGGCAUUGGCAGAACAUUAUAAGAAAAACGCGGACGUGCACUACGUUGCGAAAACCAUUGGUGAAUUGGGUUCACCAGAGAAGGCUGCUUUAAUGCCCACAAUUCGCAUUUGUAGAAUGAUGAAAAUCCGCAUGCGAUCCGUCCACGGGCAAUGCAAACGCGCUGGUCCGUGAAUCUUUGGCCCGGCAUUUGUGAGGACUUUAUUGUUGGUCCGUACAUUCUGCCCGACAGAUUGGACGGAUCAACUAAUAAAGUGUUCUUGGAGCAUGUUCUGCCGAAUCUUUUGAAAGAAAUUCCACUAGAGAUUCGACAGAACAUGUUUUUCCAACAUGAUGGUGCUCCAGCCCAUUAUGCCGCAAGUGUUCGAGCUUUCCUAGAUUACACCUUUCAGGAUAGGUAGGAUCGGGC